CUCUCAACAGACCAUCAGUUUGAAAUCGUAAAAACAGGUCGAUAUCGAUAAGUCCGUCUAUUUUAAAUUCUAGUAAAUGCACCCAACACAAAUAAGCUUGGCAUCUAUCCAAGUCGAAGACUGUGGAAUUAACAUUUCCCAUCCGAAAUGAGAAUAAGAAACAUACUAGCUCCCGAGAUAUUCUUCGUCAGUGUAGAAUAUGGAUCGACGUUCUUACUACCGUUCUUCCGUGAGAAGUAGAGCAAGCAGCAACAGCAGGUACUCGUUGAGUAGCGAUGUUGACACAAAGACCAAAAUCAAGGACUGCUGUCGAAAGACCGUGGCGUUUAUGUGUUCCCAAGUUGGUGUCAUUGGACUUAUCGUCGGUUAUACCCUGAUUGGGGCCGUGUGUUUCAUGAAGAUCGAGCUUAAAGGAAAGGAUACGAAUUACUACAAAGCUCAAGCUUUGAAAAACGAAUGUUCGCAGAAACUUUGGUUGGUGGCGAGUUUCCACAAUGUAUUCAACAAGACUGCAUUCAUCUACGAUUCUAACAAAGUUCUGGAAGAGUACCAGAAGCAUUUGGUUGUCUUGAUCAAACACAACUACAAUGGGCGAAAGCUGAAAAGUUUGUGGACGUUUCCAGCAGCUCUAAUGUUUUCUUUAAGUGCCAUGACUAUGAUAGGAUACGGCGACAUCGCUCCAAGAACCGUAUGGGGAAAAGUUUGCACUGUUGUUUACGCGGUGUUCGGUAUUCCCCUAUACGUCUUGUACUUCCUCAACGUCGGUAAGGGCUUAGCGGGAAUUUUCAAAUGGGUGUAUGUAUGGUUCGUUAAGUGUAGCUCACCCCAAGACGAAAGCUACCCCCCAAAAAGAAUCUUAGUACCAUCCACCGCUUGUUUGUGGGUUAUCAGCGGUUACAUUAUGUUCGGUACCAUCAUGUUUGCGCAGUGGGAAAAGUGGAGCUUUUUAGAUAGCAGUUACUUCUGCAUAACAAGUUUGUGCAAGCUUGGUUUUGGUGAUUUGGUGCCGGGUAAUUUGUCUACGAAAACUGGAAGUCAGCUCAGACUUGUAAUGAACUAUUUUUACAUGUUUUUCGGUCAAGGGUUAGUAGCUAUGUGUUAUCAUUUAAUGAGCGAAGAAGUAAAGAUCAAGGUCAAAGAAUUGAGCGAGGACUUCCAUCAGUGCCUCAAAGACACUCAAAAUAAAAUCAACUCCUGCUUUAAGAGGAAGAAAAAAGUGGAAAUGAUGUAUUAUAAGUGAAUAUUAAACGUUUUAAACAAUAUAAUUCCCAUUGAUUUCCGUCAACCUAAGACUGUGAAUGAAAAAGUUCCUUUCUCAUAUUUCUCAAAAAACUCAACGAAUGUUUCAUUUCCAAUUUAUUUUCAUUCCGGUGAGUUUUAAAUUGGUGUACCAUUUUCCUCAAUUUGGAAUUGACCUUCGACCUUGAAAUCAUCUGAUAAAUCUGACAAUCGGAAUUAAACGGAUGUCAGUUUCAAACUAACUACUACGAAGUGCGUGCGUUGUUGUUUUUAAAUUUGAAUUAAAUUUCAUCAUUCAUCAUUAUUUUCCUCGAUAUUGCGGUAUGCAGUCUUACUGAAAUUUUCGGUGAUUUCUGUACCUGAGAAAUUCAAAUUUGAAAGAGUUAUGUUUGGGUGGAAAGGUUUGCUUACUUCUUUUAGCCGUUUGCGGAGAAUUGGCCCAAAGAGAUUCAAAGGAAAUUUCAAAAUUGAACAG